CAAAAAUGAGCGAAUCUAUUCAUUCACAUAUUACACCGGCUCGACAACAACAACAACAACAACGAGUUUGACAUUGAAAUUUUGGUAAAUUUGUGUAUAUGAAGAAAUAACAAGAUAUCCUGUGAAUCGGGUAACAGUUACAGCUAGAAGAGAACAGCCAUGGAUUACCUGAAGAGUUGGUGGAAUGGCUCUGCAAAGAAAGAAACAGUCACCUUGUCAGAAACUGAUAAAAGUCCAAAAACUUCACAAAAACAGUCUGUCAAUGUACCGUCAGUUUUGCCAGAAACUGUUAAAAGUCCAGACUCUUCUAAAAAACAAGAAGAUUUAAACAAGACAAACAAUUCUCAAGUCACUGCAGAAACUAGUGUUAAACCAGUGUUAGUUGAUAAAUUGUCAAAUCAGUAUGCUGACUUAAAACCAAUUGCAAAAUUAAAACAGUUUUUACAAGAGAAGACUUAUUUACAAGCAGAGGAUUGUUUUGUUUGCAAGUUGUUAGGUACUGGAUUUGCUACUGUAAUGUUAAGCACGCUUUUAUUACUGGAUCUUCAAUUUGCUUCAAAAUUCAAUGUGCCAAAGACAAGGACUAGAAUUGCAAAGACUGCAGUAUUUUCAUUAUGGGUGAUAUAUAUACACAGAGAAUGGUACAAUUGUUUGUUUGAACCACCAGGAAAGAAACCAAGAUCUUUCUUAGAAUAUGAGCGACGAAGACUACAAAAGAUUUGGGAUUAUUUUCAUUAAUGAAAAGAAAGAACUGUUUAUGAAUAAUUGGAUAUUAGUCCAAUUAGACCAGGAAUCAAGAUAAAUUUAAUAUGAACUCUGAUUGUGAGUUAUACAAAUGUAUAUGUAUAAAUAGAUUAAAGAUUUUUUAAUUAACUAAUUUAUGUUACGUCUAUGAGAUUCUAAAAUCUUAAAACAUAAGUUAAACAAAAUUACGUUAAAUCGUGCUUAUCUUAUUCCUGGUCUAAUCUGAUUAAAUGAAAUUGACAAUUUGAGCAUAUAUUUUGCAUUGCUUUCACGACAAAUGAAUCUUAAAAUUAUAAUUCUUUUUGUUAACAUACAUUAUAAAUGACAAAAUCAUAAUAACAUUUUAAGUUCAUUAUAAUCUAAAAAAGGAUGUCCUUUAAUAUAACUUUUAUAAAGAGAUUUGAGCUGUGUCAUGACAAAACCAACAUAAUGCGCAGGCUGGUCUGGAUCCAUGCUGGUCGCAAACCCAUUAUGUUGGUUUUGUCGUGACGCAGCUCAUUUUUUCGCUUGACACUGCUCAGUAUUGUCGACAUUGUAUCAUAUUAAAGCAGAUUACAGCUGUUAUAUUUGUUGGAAAAACAUUGGUGUUGUUUCAGUAAUUUUAUCUUGGAAAAUUACAUCGUAUCACUUUUU